GUCAUCAGCUGACUUUCACAUUGCUGGGCUGGGGAGAUUAGAACAUAGCACGGCUCUUACUCUUAUUCCACUUAUCAUUUCACCAGAACUUCUACAUCCCUUAUAUACAACCACCACCUUUCCAGGAAAGGCCACGCCGAGACCAUUUGUGUUUAGCAAAGGGUUCCGAUACAGAAGGCUGUCUUUGUAAGUGGUGGACAUAAAGGGAAGCAUGCUUGCUGAGCACCUUGUACAGGAUGUCUUAUAGUGAGAAGAAGGACGCUCCUUUUGCCUAUGAGUCUUCGGUCCACAGCGCUAAUGUCCUCCUUCGUCUGAACAGUCACCGGGAACAGGGUCUGCUGUGCGAUGUGACUGUUGUAGUGGAAGAUCAGAGGUUCCGCGCUCAUCGCACUGUGCUCGCAGCUUCCAGUGAUUAUUUCCUGUCCCGUGUUGUCCAAGCCUCCGAUGGGGACUUCACGAUCGCCCUUCCUGAAGAGGUAACUGUGAAAGGAUUUGUACCUCUUCUUCAGUUUGCAUAUACCUCCAAGCUUCUCAUCACCAGAGAUAGCUUAUCAGAAAUCAGAAAGUGUGCUAAGUUGCUCGAAAUCCAUGAUGUUGAAGAAACCUGUUUUGAAUUCCUGAAGUUAAAAUUCCAGGAUAACAAAGCCAAGUCGACAGACCCAAGAAAGAAAUGCUGCAAGUCUUUCUGCCCAAAGGCGGCUGGGCCACAGAGCGAGUCGGGAAGACCACCGGUGCAUGAAGUGGAAGAACUGUGGAGGGGAGAUUUUACCCAGAACCUGAAAUGUCCAGCGGAGAUUGAAAAUAUUUCCCCGUCCCCCGAGAGCCCCAAGCAGCCCUGCGAAUCAUUUUGCCUUGGCAGAGACAGUGCUUCCGGAUUUUCCUCUCUUUGUCCAAAGUACAGAAAGUUUCAGAAAGCUUGUAAAAGUGGCCGGGUGCGAUCUGUCAGCACGUGUUCCAGCAAUCAGGAUGCUCAGAGUCCAUCCCCAGCACCAUCAAGUGAUGCUUCUGAACCAGUCAGCCAGCCCAAACCUCACGUGGAGGAUAUUCAUUCAGCCAAGUCUGACAUGGAAGUGAAUCCAGUACCUUCACAGGGCCCUGACAGUUCUUAUCAAAACCUUACCGGUGUUGAUGACAAAGAAGUCAUGACUGCUGCAUACUCACCGUGUUUUCCUUUGGGACCUCAAGACUUCAGCUCAGUGCCUUUCAGUGCAUAUCAACCAUACCGAAGCAUAAACUACUCAGACACCCCCAAUGACUCCAGCACAGCAGGUUUGCCGGAAGGGAGCAACAGUCGUCGGAGCAACCUACAGGCAGCUGAAAUUCUGACCUCAGAGCUGGUAGCAGAACCUCAACUUUGUGCUUCUGGAAAACCUCCAUUAUUAAGGGAGCGCAGUAAUGUGGAAAGAGAAGUUGCUGAACAUCUUGCCAAAGGUUUUUGGCCUGAUGUGUACCCUGCUGAAUAUCCAUGCCAGCAAGAGUUGGAGAUUGUGGCCAGCAAGGAACCACAGUUGGAGAACAACAUGGAAAAAAGGACUGAAUGUCCAUGGCUGGGCAUCUCCAUAUCCAACGAUGUCCCUGAACGGACUUUUACAACACUCAACCCGGUAUCGUGCCCCUUCAUCAACAAUCUCACUAAUGAUGCAUGUGCCAACAGUCCACAGCUUAGCAGUGAGGAUAGUGCUCCAAGUAAGUCCCAGGAAGAGUGCCCGUAUGCUUGUUCCAUCAACUUGGAUGAAGACUCGGAUAGUGAUAGCGAGGUGGAUAGCAUUGGGUCGUCGUCUGCCAAAGAGCAAGAAUGUGAGAAAACUCUGCCAUUCAACGCACAGAAGAUCAUUUCCCUGUCACGCUAUGAUUUCCAGUCCUUGGUGAAAACACACACCCUUUCAACGGAGCAGUUGGACUGUAUCCACGAUAUACGUAGACGAAGCAAGAACAGGAUUGCCGCUCAACGCUGCCGAAAGAGAAAAAUGGACUGUAUCCAGAACCUGGAGACUGAAAUCAUGAAGCUGCAAAAUGAAAAGGAACAUUUGCUCAUGGAGAGGGACCAAAUUUUAUCCACGUUGGGAGAAACCAAACAAAACCUCACCGGACUGUGCCAGCAAGUGUGCCACGAGGCCGCUCUGAGCCGCGAGCAAAUCCACAUCCUGGCAAAAUAUUCCAGCUCCGAGUGCCCGCUGUCCUUCCUGGUGCCAGAAAAGGGCAAGAUGUUGCUUCAGUGUGAAGCCAUAUUGCAGGAUUUCGCUGGAGGGUUACUAAACACUGGAGAGGCUUCCCGGCGCCCAGCAGAGGAGGGUAACGGUGUUCUGCAAAAUGCCGCUCCCAUGGCACCUUCUACUGCUUUACCAAGGCAGUCUGCCACAGCAGGGGGCAUUGCUGAUUUUUGCCAACAGAUGACUGCUAAAUGCACUACUGAUGAACAGAACUAGCCCUGACCCCGAGGGGACAGCUGUUUAUUAAAAAAAAAAAGCAAUAUUUUA